CAUUUCUCAUUUCAUUCCUCCUCUCUUUCUUAUCCUCUAAUCUCCUGUCGUUUUUCCUUUCCUCUCCUCCUCCCUGUAUCUUCCCUCUUUCCCUCUCCUCCUCCCACUCUUUCUCAAAGUGCCUCCUCUCCCGUCUAAUCAUCUCUCCCUUCAUCCACCUCUCCUCCCGUCUCUCUUUUCAUUUCUUUGUUCCCUGGCCUUUUCUUCUCCUCCAUCCAUCCCUCUCCCCCUGCAUCUCCUACUCCUUCCUUUCAUCUCUCCUCUCUGUUAGUCUCUCUCUCUCUCUCGCCUCCUCCUCCUCUCCUCUCAUUUCCAGCAGUGGAGACUCAGUGAACAGCAGCGGCGGCAGCAGCAGUGUCACUCAGCACGGCAACGACUCGCAUGAAAGUGAGGACCUCUGUUUUUCUUCUCAUCUCUUUUGUUUUUUUGUUUUUUUUCCCACAUCACCUCCUCUUCCUCAUCCUCCUCUUCCUCUCCUCACCUCUCUUCUUCUUUUAGUUGUUUCUUCUCUACUUUUGGAGCCUCUCUUUCUGCCACAUCUUUGCGGAGUGCAGCAGUAUGAGGGUACCAUGCAUUCCAAAUAGGUUUCUGUCCUUGCUCCAACUAGAGCAUGUAGCCGUACGCUUUGUUUUUUUAUUUCUUAUUUUUUCAUUUCCUUGCGUCUCCUUGGAAAUAAGUAGGCCAGUGUUGUAGCUUCAAUGCAGUGUGUCAACCUCUGGGCGCUGAUGUGCUACUGAAUGGAUAUUUCAGCAGGUAUGACUUUAGUCUGAACUUAAAUCAUGUAAAUCUUUCCUUCAGUGGCAGAUGUGUUGCAGCAGGAGAUGAAGCGGCAUGAUUUGGGUACAGUAUGAUGAAAUAUUGACCACAGCUGUGGUGCUGUGAGGAUUUAAGACAUGCAGGAAUAUUUUUUGAGAGAUAAGAAGUCAGAUAUUUUGUAGCUGGUGAGGACAUUAUUGGAUGGUUUUCCUCUGUAACCAAAGAGACGUAUUAUUCUGCAGAUUCUUCCACUCUCUCUUUCCUCUCAUUCCUUUUCUCAUUUUUGUACUUUCAUUUAUUUUCUCACCGACUGGCACAAAGACACUCUGUCUGCAGUGAAUGCACUGGAGUUCAAACAAAAAUGGGGAUCAUACUGUCAGACAUUUAACCAGGAUGGACUUAUCGGAUGUGUUAACUUCCGUCAUGGCCACGAUUCCGGCAAAUUUACCGCCAAACUCUUCGUUUGAGAAUGUCAAUCACACCUCCUCUUCCUCGCCGAGAUCUCCUCCUCUACCUCCUCACUCGCAGGUGGCGUCAGUCUUCAUCGUGCUGGUGGUCUCGGUCAUCAUACUGGGGACUGUGGUGGGUAACGUGCUGGUGGUGGUGGCGGUGUUCACCAGCCGAGCCCUGAGGCCGCCGCAGAAUCUCUUCCUGGUGUCUCUGGCUUCAGCGGACAUACUGGUGGCGACGCUGGUCAUCCCCUUCUCCUUGGCGAAUGAGGUCAUGGGCUACUGGUACUUUGGUUCCAUCUGGUGCUCCUUCUACCUGGCUCUGGACGUGCUCUUCUGCACUUCCUCCAUCGUCCACCUCUGCGCCAUCAGCCUCGACCGCUACUGGUCAGUCACCAAAGCUGUCAGCUACAACCGCAAACGGACGCCCAGGCGGAUUAAAAUGAUGAUCAGCAUCGUGUGGCUCAUAUCCAUCAUCAUCUCCUCCCCGCCGCUCCUCAUGACGCAGAAGGAGGAGGAUUUGGGGACGGAGGAGGAGAGCGACAUGCAGAGGCAGGAGUGUCUCCUCAUCAACCAGACGUGGUACAUCCUCUCCUCCUGCCUCGUGUCCUUCUUCGCCCCGGGCGUCAUCAUGAUACUCGUGUAUUGUAAGAUCUACCGUGUUGCCAAGCAGCGGGCGUCUACUGUGUUUGUGGCGAAGAACGUGCUGGAGCGGCAGCCAUCGCAGUCUGAGACCUGCUUUGUGGGUGCGUCCAGGACUUGCCAAAGAAAGGGAGCCGGCUGUGGUAACUCCCAGUACGAACUGGACAGCCCGCGGCCUGCCAACAGACACAGCUCUUCCAACAUGGACAGCCACAGGAGAGGAGAGCUGGACGAUAUCGACUUGGAGGAGAGGAGCUGCGAGGCUGCCAUAAAAACAUCCUCCUCGUUUUCCUCCGCUCUCCGCUUCUCCAGGAGAGCCGGCGUAAGUGUGAAAUCAGAGGAGCGGAAGGACGCAGAGGGACAAUCAAACAGGUUGAAGCCUCCUCCUCCUCCUCCUCCGUCCUGCGCCUCCAUAUCAUGGGCAUCAUCUGAGAACUGCUCCCACCACUUCCUCCUCCCGUCUCCGGUGCCUCUCCGCGGCAGGCAGCUGUCUCUGUCCAAAAACAAAGUGGCACAGAUGAGAGAGAAGCGCUUCACAUUUGUUCUGGCGGUGGUGAUGGGGGUUUUUGUCCUCUGCUGGUUCCCGUUCUUCUUCACCUACAGUCUGCAGGCUGUCUGCAGAGAGAACUGCGCGAUCCCCGACGCACUCUUCAACCUGUUUUUCUGGAUCGGAUACUGCAACAGCUGCCUGAACCCCAUCAUAUACACCAUCUUCAACCGAGACUUCAGGAGGGCCUUCAAGAAGAUUUUAUUCCAGACUCACAAACGAACAUAACAUGUGAAUGUACGUGUGUUUGACGAACACAAAUGUGUGUGCACACAGUUUUAAUCCUGUUUUCCACUGUGCUGUCAUACCGACA